UGUCAGAAUUUCUGUAUUGCCAACUCCAAAAGAAAAUGAAUGGAUCUCUGGGGUUGGUAUCUUUUGAGGAUGUGUCUGUGCACUUCAGCUGGGAGGAGUGGAAGGACCUAGAUGAUAUUCAGAAGACACUGUAUAGGGAUGUGAUGCUGGAGACCUAUAGCAACGUGGUAUCCUUGGGGUACUGCAUUCCUAAACCUGAAGUGAUUGUUAAUCUGGAGCAAGGGGCAGAGCCAUGGCCCAGAGAAGCCCUAGACAAGAAUAUCACAGAUGUCCAGCAAGUAGAUGGCUCGGUUGAAAUAUGCCAGGAAAGUCCAGACAAACAUCUGUUGCAAGUUGUCAUCACCAGUAGCAACACAGUGGAGGAAAGAGUAAGGUUUUUAGGUAUAAAAAAUGGAACAAAUCUUUUUACUACAAACCAGACCUUACUGUACACCAAGAAACUCACACAAGAGAGAUACCCUAUGAAUGUAAUGAAUGUAAUUACCGCAAGUCAGAUCCCAGUAGGCCUCAGCAAACUCAUACAGGAGACAAAUCACAUAAAUGUAAAACAUAUAGAAAGUCUUUCAAGCAAAACUCAUACCUCAGUGUGUAUCAGAGAAGACACACAGGAGAGAAAUCAUAGGAAUAUAACCCAUGUGCAAAGUCUUUCAAAUGGUAGUCACAGCUCAGUGUGCAUCAGAGAACAUAUUGGGGAGAAACCAUAUGAAUGUAUCACAUGUAGAAAGACUUUUGGACACAUGUCAACUCUCCACAUCCAUCAGCGGACACACACAGGAGAGAAACCAUAUGAGUGUAACACAUGUGGAAAGUCUUUCAGACAAAUGUCACAUCUCCGCAUCCAUCAGAAUAUACAUAGAAGAGAGAAAUCUUAUGAAUGUAACAAAUGUGGCAAGUCUUUCAACCACAAUUCAGCCUUGCAUGUACAUCAGAGAACACACACAGGGGAGAAGCCAUAUGUAUGUAACACAUGUGGAAAGUCUUUCGCCCAGAACUCAAACCUCAAUUUUCAUCUGAGAACACACACAGGAGAGAAACCAUAUGAAUGUAACACAUGUGGAAAGUCUUUCAACUGCAAGUCAGGUCUCCGCAAACAUCACAGAACACACACAGGGGAGAAACCUUACGGAUGUCACAAAUGUGGCAAGUCUUUCAACCACAAUUCAGCCUUGCAUGUACAUCAGAGGACACACACAGGGGAGAAGCCCUAUGAAUGUAACACAUGUGGAAAGUCUUUUACCCAGAACUCAAACCUCAAUGUUCAUCAGAGAACACACACAGGAGAGAAACCAUAUGAAUGCAACACAUGUGGAAAGUCUUUUGCAUGCAAGGCAAACCUCAAUAACCAUCAGAGAACACACACAGCGGAGAAGCCCUAUGAAUGUGACACAUGUGGAAAGUCUUUCAGACGGAUGUCAGAUCUCUACAAACAUCAGAGAACACACACAGGAGAGAAACCUUAUGGAUGUCACAAAUGUGGCAAGUCAUUCAAUCACAAUUCAGCCUUGCAUGCACAUGAGGGCACACACAUAGGAGAGAAACCAUAUGAAUGUAACACAUGUGGGGAGUCAUUAAACUGCAAGUCAGGUCUCCACAAACAUCACAGAACACACACAGGGGAGAAACCUUACGGAUGUCACAAAUGUGGCAAGUCUUUCAACCACAAUUCAGCCUUGCAUGUACAUCAGAGGACACACACAGGGGAGAAGCCCUAUGAAUGUAACACAUGUGGAAAGUCUUUUACCCAGAACUCAAACCUCAUUUUUCAUCUGAGAACACACACAGGAGAGAAACCUUAUGAAUGUAAUAAAUGUGGAAAGUCUUUUGCCUGCAAGUCAAAUCUCAAUAACCAUCAGAGAACACACACAGCGGAGAAGCCAUAUGAAUGUAACACAUGUGGAAAGUCUUUCAGAUGGAUGACAGAUCUUCGUAAACAUCAGAGAACACACACAGGAGAGAAACCUUAUGAAUGUCACAAAUGUGGCAAGUCAUUCAACCACAAUUCAGCCUUGCAUGGGCAUCAGAAAACACACACGGGAGAAAAACCAUAUGAAUGUAACACAUGUGGAAAGUCUUUUAACCGCAAGUCAGAUCUCUGCAAACAUCAGCGAACACACACAGGAGAGAAACCAUAUGAAUGUAAUAAAUGUGGACAUUCUUUUGCCUCCAAUUCAAACCUCAAGAAGCAUCAGAGAAUACAUUCAAAGGAGAGGCCAUAUGAAUGUAACACAUGUGGAAAAUCUUUCAUCAAGAAGUCAAUCCUCAAUGAACAUCAGAGAGCACACUUGGGGGAGGAAUGUCAUGUGUAUGGAAAGUCUUUCACUAAGAACUCAAAUCUCAGUACACGUCAGAGGACACACAGGAGAAACCAUAUGAAUAUAACACACGUGGAAAGUCUUUCACCCACAAGUCAACCCUCAAUGCGCACCAGAGAACACACACAGCUCAGAAACCAUAUGAAUGUAAUGUAUGUGGAAAGUGCUUCAAGAAGUCAAUUCUCAACUGGCAUCAGACAACAUACACAGGAGAGGAUCCUUAUGAGAGUAACACAUGUGGAAAAUAUUUCAGAUGGAGGUCAAAUCUCUACAGGCAUAACAAAAUACACACAGUAGACAAGUCUUAAGAAUGUAACAAAUGUUACAUUCUUUCCACUCCAAGUCAAACCUCAAUGUUCAUGAGAGAACAGGCACAGGAAAGAAACCUUAUGAAUGUAACAAAUGGAAAGUUUUCACCUACAAGUCAGUUCUUAACACAUCACAGUUCACACAGGAUUAAAAAUCAGCAUCAAACCAGAUAGAUGAAAAGUCUAAGAGCUUUGAACUUUGGUUGGGGACACCCUGGACCUAUGCACCUCCCUUAUAGAGCAUCAAAUGAGGAAGUUGAGCAGCACACUUUGGCCAAAUACCUGGGGGAACUGACUAUGUUGGACUAUGACACUUUCCUCCUCAAAUUGCAGCAGGAGCUUUUUACUUUGCACUGGAAAUUCUUGAUGGUUUUGAAUGGACACUACCUCUUCUUACCUGUCUUAUACUGAGGAAUCCCUUCUUUCUCUUAGUCUUUUAAGGUGCUUUCAGGUUACCAGGAACUCCAACUAAUGUAUAGAAUUGUCACCUAUACAUUUAUAUACUUGGCUCUUGUUAUACAUACCUGGAUUUUCCUUCUAAUAUGGUAAAGAUAAGUAAAACUAUUACUUCCAUAGGGCAUAACUGCGUGUGAGCGAAGUCAUUUUGGAGAGCUUCUUACCUAGUUCUGUUUCUCAGUCAAAGCCCACCACCUCAUCCCUAGUUCAUGCAUGUUCUGUUUCUUCAGGUGCUUGCUGCCCUGCUUCUGUUCUCAUCACU